AUGUUUUCGUUCUCAUUUAAGAAGGGUACAAAGCGGAAGUUGUGCGAACAAACGCUGUCACUCAUACGACGAUUGAACGAAUCUUCAUGGAGAUCUCAUCCAGUGUUGUUACCGUUCAGUCUGUUUUACGACUACAAGACUGUCCAGAAGGGUGGCAAGAAGAACACUUAUAACUGCGAUUACCCGCUUACUGAAGAAGAUCUGCGAGGAGAAAAAGUGACAGUCCACGUUGAUGAUGAUUAUGGAACGGCUCAAGAAAAAAUUUCUUCCGACGGUGCUACUCUUACUGACCUUCAGAAAGCAGCUGAGCAAAAACGUCAAACCAUUGAGGAUCAGAGUGAAACAACAUCAACAAACCCGACAGAGAAGGUCUCUAAGGUGGCUGACCCUCUUGUCGAGAAAUUUGGCAAGCAGAUGCCUGUACAGGAACAGCCAGCUAUCUCGCUUCCUUGGCAGUUCAUCGAUAUGUUUCCUCAGGUGGAGCUCUCGGAAAGCAAUGCUCAGCUUGAUGAAGAAGACGAGGGAGAUGAAUACCUUGACUAG